GUGUGAGAAAUAUCAGAAAAAACAUGGUUUUAAGCAGAUGAACUAGUGAUUAACUUCCCUUUUAACAUUUUUAGUUGCUUUAUUUCUCAUUCGAAAGAAAAUAAAAGGAGAGAGUGAGAGGUGAAAGAAGAUGGAAACCGCAGUUCCAUUUAUAGCGAUGGUAGUUCAGCAGUUAGCACAAAUUGGAUCUAUGGUGGCAGCUAAAGUGGCUAUGUCAAGUGGGAUGACUCCUUUCACUUUUACUUUCUACUCAAGUGCCUUCUCAACUCUCAUUCUUAUUCCACUGUCCUUCCUGCUCCAUAGAUCAGCUCUUCCACCUCUUUGGCCAACUUUUCUCAAUGGAUUUUUCUUGCUUGGCCUAACGGGUUUCUUGAUGCAAGUGCUUGGAAUUCUUGGACUUCAAUAUUCCUCUCCAUUACUUUCCACAGCAAUAUUACAACUAAUUCCAGGUUUCACCUUCAUUCUUGCCGUCAUUCUCAGGAUGGAAAACUUUGACUACAAGAGUUUGAACACAAUGGCUAAAUCUGUUGGGACAUUGGUAUCAAUAAUAGGUGCACUUGUUGCAACUCUAUAUAAAGGUCCUCAAGUUUUUGGAAGCCCUUUGAAUUCAAUAUUAACAGCUCCUUCUCAUUUUCUACUCAACCAAUCUUCUGCUUGGGUAAUUGGGGGUUUGCUUAUGAUGAUUACCUCUCUAAUAGCUUCAGUAUUUACCAUUUCACAGGCAUUUGUCCUUAAGAAAUACCCGGCAGAGCUGAUUGUAAUGUUGUUUUAUAGCAGCUGUAUUACAAUUUUGUGUGCUGCUUUCUCUUUAAUUACUGAAAGAGACUUGAAUUCUUGGAGCGUAAGCCCUCAUAGCAGAUUAAAGGCUCUCAUAUACUCGAGUUUCUUUGGAAAUGUAUUCCAAGUGAGUAUAUGCUCAUGGUGUGUGAGGAAAAGAGGACCUCUCUUUGUUGUCAUGUUCCAUCCAAUAGGUAUUGUGAUUGCAAUGGCCGCCAGCAUAUUCUCGGGUGAAACUAUCCAUAUUGGAAGUUUGUUGGGAUCAAUCAUCAUUCUACUCGGGUUUUACUCAGUGAUAUGGGGAAAAGCUAAAGAAUGGAAAAUGGGAGAGAACAAUGGAUGGAAGAGCUUGGAAUCAAAUAGCAACAACAUGCCUUUAUUACAAAACAAAGCUGAUGAUCUAUCCAUGAUACAAAACCAUUGAAGACUCGCACUUUGUUAGUGGGCAUAGUGGAAGAUAUUGGGAAACAAAUUCAUAAAUAACCAUUUUUCAGCAUAUGUAAUUGAAAAAUAACUAUUGUUACUGUGUUGUUAAUUUUACUGGUGAAAUUCUAGGACAUUCUUAUAGGAUUUUUACCUAUGAAAUUCGAAACUUUAUGUUA